GCCACUUCCACUGAGCCGAGCACAUGACCACGCUUACACUGCUGCUACUCACGGCUCUCACAUUGCGAUUCCUAUCUCUGUUUCUCUCCUCCAGCUGCACGACACACACCUCUGCUGUCUGUCUGUAGGCUGUAGCAGAGGAGCUCACUCACUCGCAUCGACGAGCGGUCACCGCCGCCGCCGCUGCCAGUCUCCGUGAUCUCUUAAUGUCCAGCCGGUCGUGCGCCGAGGCUUCUUCGAUCUCCGUGGUUCCUCCGACAUGGUUAUAAUGAAAGCAACCAUAUUCAAGGACAGAUUCAAAAUUGAAUCAUAAUCAUAUAAUAUAGCCGGGCAAGGCAGACUGAAAAUGACGGACAUGAGGCGCCACUCUGUGGAUGUUCCACUGUCGAGAACCUUAGUGCAGCUCAAGCGUGUAAGGUCUCUGCGGGAUCCUGCAACAAACUCUCUAAGCAGGUAUGCAUCUGCUUCUGACAAUAUGAUAUGGGAGACUGCUUCUAGCAAUGGAGUUCCAAUAGAGCUAAGCAGGUCGACACAUCAUCAGUUAAUCGAAGAGGAUGGAGAUUUCGAAGCUGAAGCUGCUAUGGGGUCUGAACGGAGCUUACGGGCACCAAAUGCAAGAACAACAUCUUAUAGGAAAUCUUCCGUUGUCAAGAUCAGAGGAUUAAAUCCGCCGAGAAACAAGCAAGUUCAUCGUGUCCGCGGAGAUGGUCAUCGAAAAUCAGUCGAUUCGAACCACUCUAAUAAUAGCUCUCUGCGGCAAUUGGCAAACAAUGUGGUAAACAACAUGGAGGAGAAGAAAGAAGAAGAAGAAGAGGUGAAUUCUUAUGAGCGAGCAGAUGUUUUGUUGCCAGAGAAAACUGAUGAAGAAGUGAAAAUGCCAGGUCAAUCUAAAUUCAGGGACAAGUCUUCUGCCGCAAUGAGCCGUGUUGGCAGCCCCUGCAUGUCUGCCAGUGAAGCGCGCUCGGUUGGGUCGAGAAGAAGCACCUUAGGGCAUGGAACUGAGGACACACGAGUGAGAUCGAAUGAUGUUGUUGGAUCAAAUUUCAGUGGAUGCGGGAUAAGCUACUGCUGGUCAGGCGCAUCAAAGUACCGUGAUCUUUAUUCCGAUAGUGAUGGUCCAGAGCAACCACUGUUAUCCACUGAGGGGACUGAGGUAGCGUUCCAGGACAACGCACCAUACACUGAGACACCGAGGUGUUUAAGCCAGAAAUUUCGACCUCGAUCCUUUAGUGAACUGAUUGGCCUCAAUGUUGUUGCUCAGUCCUUGUUAUAUUCCUCUUGCAAAGGAAAGGUUGCUCCAAUGUACUUGUUCCAUGGCCCCCGUGGUACAGGUAAGACGUCUACGGCGCGGAUUUUCGCUGCUGCUCUAAACUGCCUCUCUCUCGAAGAGCAAAGACCAUGUGGGUUCUGUAAAGAGUGUGUUAUUCUCUUCUCUGGGAGGAGCAGAGACGUGAAAGAACUUGAUGCGGCAAAACUGGACCGUUUGGGUCGAGUAAAGGCACUUCUCAAGAGUGCAUCUCUUGUCCCAUACUCGUCACGCUUCAAGGUUUUCAUAGUUGAUGAAUGUCAUCUGUUGCAAGAAGAUGCAUGGUCCGCAAUAAUGAAGAGUCUUGAUGAGCCAUACCGACAUACUGUGUAUAUUAUGAUUACUUCUGAUCUAGAUAGCCUGCCUCGUGCUUCCAUCACACAUUGCCAGAAGUUCCAUUUUCCAAAGAUAAAGGUCGCAGAUAUUGUCUACAGGUUGGAGAGAAUCUGCAUAGAGGAAGGAUUAGAAUUUGACCAUGAUGGGUUGUACUUCAUUGCUGCAAAGUCUAAUGGUUCUCUUAGAGACUCGGAAAUAAUGCUUGAUCAACUUAGUUUGCUUGGGAAGAGAGUCACGGUUUCUCUUGUGCAUGAACUUGUAGGAUUAGUGUCAGAUGAUGAAUUGAUUGAGUUGCUUGAUCUAGCAUUGUCAUCAGACACAACCAAUACGGUCAGACGAGCUCGGGAACUUAUGGCGUCAUCAAUUGAUCCUCUCCAGCUGGUCUCUCAGUUGGCGAACCUUAUUAUGGACAUUCUCUCAGGACGAUGUCAAUCUGCGGUGACUGAAGUCAGCAAAAGUUUCUUGGAGAGAUAUGCGUUAGCAGAGGUUGGAAUACAGAAACUGAGACAUGCACUGAAAAUACUGUCAGAAACUGAAAAACAAUUGAGGACAUCAAGAAAUAAGGCUACUUGGGUUACAGUUGCGCUUUUGCAGUUUGGGACCAAUGAAUGUAAUAUAGUAGCAGACACAAAUGAUAUGAAUGCACAUUCAGCAACUGGAUAUACAGAUGACUGGGUUUCCAAGGUAAAUUCAAGCUCCAAUUUCUGUGAUGCGUGUAACAGCAACAAGUCCAACUGUUCCGAGAGAUACUGCAGGCGGCUUAAGCUUGAAAACAUCUGGAGGAGAGCCAUUGGGAAGUGUCAAUCAAGGUCAGCCAAAAGUUUUCUGAAGAAAGAAGGAAUCCUAUCAUCAGUCCAUGUUACCGAAGAGCUGGCUAUAGCAGAAGUUGGAUUUAGUCAUCCGGAUCACCUAUCAAGGGCAGAGAAAAUGCAAAGCCUGAUAGAAAGCAUGUUGCAGCAUGUUCUUGGGUUCAAUGUGGAAAUCAAAUUCAAAAUAGUACCACGUGCAGCGAGGAAAGAUGGAAGGUUGAAGAGACAUUCAUUCAGCCUGCUCAGCUGCUCAGGACGAAAGCAAGAGCUGUCAGAUUCAACUGUGACUGAUGAAGAUGAAACUGUGAGGCAUGGAGCAAGAGAAACGCCGCUCAAAGGCUACUCGUCUAGUCAGCAGCAAUCGCCAUUCAUUGUGCAACGUGUGGAUUCUAAACCAAGAGUUCAUGGCUGUGAGGAUGAUGCACGGAGCACCUUGACAUCGAACAGAUCGAUGACAGAUGACCAGACAAGGACAUGUAGGUCAGAGACUAACUACUCAAAGGGUGCCAGUGAGCAGGGUCGUUUUGAUAGCAUCCAGGAGCCUGACCUUCAACCGAAUUGCUUCUCACGAACAUUGAAGCUUCAAAAGAGGUUUUUCUCAUCAGAUGCAGCACACACAAUCUGCUUCAGGAUCCAGCCGCACAACAAAAUGGGUUUCCUACCAAAGAAAGAAUUUGAUACAUAUUUCUGCGCAUACGAGCCUUAUGAGCAGUGUCCAAGAUCAAAUUCACGAGCUACUUACGGUUCAAGAGAUGAGGACUUGUCGAUAAAGAGUUCCCGGUUUGGUUCGAAUCUGCUCUGUUGGAGGGGCCCCAAACAGUCAAUAUAACAGAAAUGGAUGAUCACGAUCACAUAAAUUCUGCAAAGUCAGUUUUCUUGCCUGGAAGCGACACCUUUGGCAGCAAUUUUUAGGGUCUCUGCGGAUGCGAUUCAUUCUAAACGAUUGAGGCGUUUGAGCUGAGUUCUUAGUUCUUUGUAAAACAACUGAGGAAACCUGCUGUCUGUAGACAGGAUUUAGUAUUUUUUAGAAGGAUGUAGUCAGUUUUUAGCUCCGCAGACCUGUUUGGCUGUUUCCACUUCUUUCAUGACACAUGGUUAAAUAACGGCAGUGGUCAUUUGUACAGCAUGCCAGUGUUCAAUCCAAGUGAAAUAUUUCUGAAUUUGAACAACUUUUCC